AUGGAGCACAGCAAGCCCCGAAUAUUGCUGAAGGACUUCCUCAACGAGAACAACUCAAAUUCUUGUUCCUCCAGUGGGUUCAAAUCACUUCCAAGAAAACCAAAUAACUCAUCACCAAAGGACCUCAAUUCCAGGAAUUCAUAUCCAAGAAUUUGGAGCAAAACCCGGUUAACUAAAUCAGUGUUCCAAACAUUCCUAAACGCUGUCAAAGCUAUUUCUUUCACCGCAGUUAAAAAAUCACAACCAUCCAUGAUCAGUACUGAAACCAAAGCCACGGUGAAAAUCAAGGACAUCAUGCGGUGGAAAGUGUGCCGGGACCCGGCGGUGGUGGCGGCGGAGGAGCCACCUUCUCCGGCGACCACCGGUUGGAGUAGCAAAGAGUGGAGUUGGAGUGAGAGUGACUGUACUUUGUCUUCAUGGGAUGCUCCAAACGACGACGUUGAGGAUACAGAAUUUUCACUCUUUAGUUUUUCACCACAUGGCAGCGAGGAUUCGGUGGGUGCAGCAACAGGAAAGGCAAAGAUGGGGAACAAGGAAGUUUUAAUUUGCCAAAAAGAAGAACAACAGAGUCCAAUUUCAGUGCUUCAGGUUGGAGAAGAUGAGUUCUCCUCCUUUGAUCAAACCUUGCUCAGUAUUAAAAGAAGAAAUCAAAAUUUCAUACAACACAUUCAGAAAUUUGAGAGUCUAGACAAUAAUGAUGAUGACAAUGAAGAUGAAGAAGAUUGUGUUGAGAAAUGGGCAAGGGAGCUGCUACAUUGUGUUAAAGCAAUUGAUUCAGUGCAGAACUCUAAGGCCAAUUAUGAUAAACUUUUGUUGGAUAUUUUCAAGGAUGAACUAAAUGCGAGGAGGAGUGAUCAAACUAGGAAUGCUGAUGAGUUUGGGUUAGAGAUGUUGAGAAUAGCAAAGGAUUGGAUUGAUGGGUCAUUUGCUUAUGAUAGUGAGCAUGAUAACAAGGAAGCUUGUAUCAAGGAAAUGGAUUGGAGGGUGAGGUGGGGCAGGUUUGAAUUUGAGGAAGUACAUGAAGAAUUAGCUUUGGAUAUUGAGACUGCUAUAUUGCAUAGUUUGGUUUUUGAGCUUCUGGGCCUAGAUCUUGAAGUAACUCACUGA